AUGGCUGUUCGCUGGUCACCGGCAGCUCUUCUCUUCGCCCUAAUUCAUCUAUACACGGCGCUGCUAGCCCUGGCGGCAGACGAACCGUUUGACUGCCAUCCCACCGUCGGUCCCGCGAAGUAUGAUCUGACUUCGUUGAAAGGAGAACAUACCAUGUCUCGGACGCGAGAGACGCCUCCGUCGUCUAUGGAGGACAUCGUUACAUUUGAUCUUUGCGCUGAGAUACAGAAGAAAGAUGGCGUUCCGGAUGUUGACCAGUGUCCAAGCGGUACCCAGUUCUGCCUGACACAGGUAAACAAGAAGGCAGACGCUGGUGAUGACCGCGUAGUUGCUGUCAUACCUAUCGCGCAGAUUUCGACGCUAAGCCCUGACAUUACUGACAUUACCUCACCUUCGAAAGGGUUAUCAAUAACACUACAUGGGUCGGAGUAUCCUCAUCCGACAAAUACCACCCCUACAGCACAAUCCAUGCAUCUCACCCUACUUUGCGACCCCGAUCAUACCGGGGACCCGAAGUUCAUAUCCUAUGACGGAACACGGCUCGAGAUUGAGUGGAGUUCCUCGGCUGGGUGCCCAUUCAGUGAUGACAAGCACGAAGAUAACAAGGGUGGUGACGGAGAUAGUGAACCCGACAAGGGUACCGAAGAAAGCGUAGGAAGUGGCAUCGGGUGGUUCUUCCUUGUGUUAUUGCUGGCCUUCGUGGCAUAUUUCGGUGUCGGUGCAUACUAUAACUACUCAACCUACGGCGCGCGCGGUGCAGAUUUAAUUCCCCAUCGAGACUUUUGGCGAGAAGUUCCCUACAUGCUCAGCGAUGUCGCCUCGCAUUUGUGCUCCAGUGUUCGUCCAAGGCGGACGGGUGGUAGAGGAGGCUAUAUUGCUGUAUAG